ACAUUUGCGGUGUUUACUUUUGUUGCUCCAGAAAAAUUUGUGAAAUUAUUAUCGUGAUUUAGCUUUAUAAACCGUCAAAAAGCAUGUCCAGUCAGUACCCCAGUGGUUACCAAAGCCCAAGCGGACACCGUGGCAACUUCAACAACCCGAUGAUGCAGCAACAGCUGAAUCAAAUGGGUGUCUCCAAUCAAAUGGGAAUGAUGGCAGGUUUCAAUCAGAGCAAUGUAAUGCAGAACCCGCAGCAGAUUCAGUCCGGUGGAGCUCAGGGUGUUUCGGACAUGGGUAUGGGUCAAAACAUUCAACAACAACAACAGCAACAGCAGAUGGCCGGCCAGCAGCAGCCUAAUCCGAAUCAAGGGACCGGUCAAGGGCAGCAACAACAGCCAGGUCAAGGGCAAGCCCAGCAGCAGCAGCAAAGCGCGCAGCAAUCUCCCCAGCUGGGAAUGGUAUCCGGUGGACAAGCAACUGGUGGUCCGUCGACUUCCGCUGCUGGUAAUGUGGGUGGUGCUCCUCCCGGGCAACCCAAUGCUGGUCCCGUGGUGAAUCCUCAAGCUUCGUCAAACGUGCAGCAGAAAGAGUUCAAUCUGUUGACGCUGUGUCGGAUUGGUCAGGAAACUGUGCAGGAUAUUGUCAGUCGUUUUCAAGAAGUUUUUGGAUUACUCCGGGUGAUACAACCGCCCAAUGGAACGAAUCAGGGUUUGUCUUCGAGCAACGAUAAAAAGGCAAAGGUUCAGGAGCAAUUUCGGACAAUCCGGUUACUGUUUAAGCGGUUGCGACUGCUGUACGAUAAGUGCAACGACAAUUGUCAGCAAGGAAUGGAGUAUACCCACGUGGAGAGCUUGAUACCAUUGAAAGGCGAACAGGAACGGUCGGAACCGGUUCACACGGAGGAGUACAAGAAAGCAAUGCAGGAAAACCGGGAGCUGAUCGAUAUUGUGAUGCUGAAGAACAAGCAGCUGCGGGAAAUCAUCGACAAGAUUCGGUUGACGAUCUGGGAAAUCAACACGAUGCUGAGCAUGAGAAGAUGCUGAAUCUGCGGGUACGGAUAAGGAAGGUAGGUGGAUAAUGUUUAAUUUUAAAGUUCUUUUUAAUGAUCGCUCAAAAUAAUAUAGACUUGGGCAAAUA